GUGUUAGGAGGCGCGGUACCCGGGUGCGGGCGUCCCUCGGCCGCCCGGAUGCCGAGCCCGGGGCUUCUGGUGCUCUUCGGCAGCCAGACAGGCACGGCUCAGGAUGUGUCAGAGAGGCUGGGCCGCGAGGCUCGGCGCCGGCGGCUCGAGUGCCGGGUGCAGGCCCUGGACUCCUACUCAGUGGUGAAUCUGAUUAGGGAGCCCCUGGUGAUAUUUGUUUGUGCGACUGCAGGCCAAGGGGACCCUCCCGACAACAUGAAGAAUUUCUGGAGGUUCAUAUUCCGGAAGAAUCUGCCACCGACCGCCCUCUGUCAGACAGACUUUGCUGUCCUGGGCCUCGGGGACUCCUCGUACGCCAAGUUCAAUUUUGUGGCCAAGAAGUUACACCGUCGGCUGCUGCAGCUCGGGGGCCGUGCCCUCCUGCCCGUGUGCCUGGGCAAUGACCAGCACGAGCUGGGGCCUGAUGCUGCCAUCGACCCCUGGCUGCACGAUCUGUGGGAGAAGGUGCUGGCACUGUACCCCGUGCCCCUUGACCUUGGUGUGAUCCCCGCCGGAGUCCCUUUGCCCCCCAAGUUCACCCUGCACUUCCUCCCGGAGGCCCCCAGGAUAUGCUCUGAGGAGCAGCAUGGGGCCGGCACAGACCCUCCAGGUCCACCUUCAGAGCAGCAGCCCUUCCUGGCACCCAUGGUCACCAACCAGAGAGUAACCGGCCCCUCGCACUUCCAGGAUGUUCGGCUGAUCGAGUUUGACAUUACAGGCUCCGGGCUCAGCUUUGCAGCCGGCGACGUGGUACUAAUCCUGCCCGAGAACCUGGCCAGCGACACCCAGCAGUUCUGCCGGGUGCUGGGCCUGGACCCAGACCAGACCUUCACCCUGCUGCCUCAGGAGCCAGGUGUGCCCUGCCCCGCACAGCUGCCCCAGCCCUGCUCCGUGAGGCACCUUGUGUCACACUACCUGGACAUUGCCAGCGUGCCCCGCCGUUCCUUCUUCGAGCUCCUGGCUUGUCUCUCUCCCCACGAGCUGGAGCGGGAGAAGCUGCUGUACUUCAGCUCCCCUCAGGGUCAGGAGGAGCUGUACGCCUACUGCAACCGGCCUCGCAGGACCAUCCUGGAGGUGCUGUGCGACUUCCCGCACACGGCGGGAGCCAUCCCUGCAGACUACCUGCUGGACCUCAUCCCCCCGAUCCGCCCGCGGGCCUUCUCUAUCGCCUCCUCUCUGCUGGCUCACCCGUCCAGGCUGCAGAUCCUCGUGGCUGUGGUGCAGUACCAGACACGCCUCAAGGAGCGCCGCCGGGGCCUCUGCUCCUCCUGGCUGGCCUCGCUGGAUCCUGGGCAAGGACCUGUCCAGGUGCCGCUGUGGGUGCGGCCCGGGGGCCUGACCUUCCCAGAGACACCAGAUACACCCGUAAUCAUGGUGGGCCCUGGCACUGGCGUGGCCCCUUUCCGAGCAGCUGUCCAGGAGCGCGUGGCCCAGGGCCGGAAUGGAAACUUUCUGUUCUUCGGCUGCCGCUCGCGCCACCAGGACUUCUACUGGGGGGCUGAGUGGCUGGACCUAGAGAAGAGGGGCUCCCUGACACUCUUCACAGCCUUCUCCCGGGAGCAGGAGCAGAAGGUGUAUGUGCAACAUCGGCUCCGGGAGCUCGGGCCGCUGGUGUGGGACCUGCUGGACCGCCGGGGCGCCUACUUCUACCUGGCAGGCAAUGCCAAGUGCAUGCCCGCAGACGUGUCGGAAGCCCUGAUGUCUGUCUUCCGGGAGGAGGGCGGGCUCUCCAGCCCUGAUGCAGCCGCCUACCUGGCCAGGCUCCAGCGGACACUGCGUUUCCAGAGUGAGACUUGGGCCUGAGGAGCCAUCUUGCCGGCCUGGGCUCCUCUAGCCACCGCCCUCUGGGAGGCCGCCAUCCUCUCCGCCUCCCUCUCCCCCAAGCCCCGUCCCCUGCACAGCCUCGCUCUGGUCCACCUGGGGCUCUGUCCUCAGCCCCGACGCCACUGCCCAUGCGGCACCCCACCAUGUCCCCAUCCAGGGUUCCGGGCUCCUGCUGGCCUUUUCCCACUGGCCCCAACAUGGGUCCUGGUCAGGGUGGUCUGUGGACUGCGCCACCCUGCAUGGGGACGGUGCCUCAGGAAGGAGCGGGCAGCCUGACAGGCAUCGGGGCUCCCCAGACGACACAGGAACCUGGGGGCUGGGGAACCCCAGGGAGCCUUCUGAGGUGGUGCAGGGUCUCUGGGAGUGCCACAUGCCACCCCCCUUUGCCCUAGGGGACAAUGGGCUCCCAGCCACCCUCUGCCACCAAGCACCUGGUGCCACCUCAGGGCCUCACGGGGCUCUGGCCAGGCUGGAAGUCAGUGAGGGUCAGAGCAGAGGGAGGAGGCCCCCAGCCAGUCAGACUUUCCCCGCCCUAGUCCUGGAAAGGCUCAGUAAAAAUAUUGUGGGCUCUGGUGGGCUGUUUCUGA